AAGGGUUGUGUGGAUCUUCUGCCGCACCAGGCUCAUCCUCUCCAUCGUGUGCCUGAUGAUCACGCAGCUGGCUGGCUUCAGUGGACCAAAUUUUCAGGAUUGGCUGUAUUCUGCGGUCAGAAUGAGAGAGUCAAGCUGGGCAGAAUCUCUCGCCAAGAGUUCAGGUAAGGUAAUGUUUAUUCACUGGGAAUGUCUUCCACAGCCAGACAGCUAUGCUGACCAUCUCAAGUUUUCUCCCAGUUUGUUUAAAUUGACGUGAUAUAUUUGUAGCUUUUUAAAACUAAAUUUUGUUUGGAUUUGCCAUGAAAACCUUUUUUUUCCUCUUUAUCCCAUACAAAAUGGUUUGAAAUGUAAUGUUUUUUAAAAACCCUCUGUGUUGGAAAUUCUUUAAUCUGCUGUUUCCUCUUUUUUUCCCCCUCCCCCUUUGAAAGUUUUGCAUAGUGUAAGUGUGUUCAUUAUGUCUUUUACCUUCCCCGGCUCCUCCCCUGUGGGAGGUACUAGUGCUAUUACCGUGCUGAAAAAUGGCACUCUAAAGGUAUGGGAGAGAAAGAACCCCCAACUACAUCCUGCUGUCCUUUCACGCCUUCCUUUGGAGACUGUUCCGUCAGUGCCGAGGUGUGUGAGAAAAUGCUUUACUGCACCGCCAUCUUACUGAGUCGCUUCACGUGAGGAAAAUGGGGUUUCGACCCUGCCACUCAGUGACUCAGUUCUGCAUUUUGGAUUGCAUACUGGAAAAGAAGCCAAUCUUCUUGCUAGUAAACCAACAACCCAGCUGUAUGCAGUGGUGACCCAAACAAUGGAUAUAAACCUAAAAAUCUGAGGGAGGGGAAAGGUGAAAUACGAUAGUUCUUGGCAUCUGCAAUCUCCUGUUGACAUGAUCAGGUUGUUUACAGAGACUGACAUCAAUCUGAUUGGUGGGGAUCUCUUAGGGUCUAGUGGACAUCUGGUAUUAACCUCCUCUAGGAAAAGUGAGAAAUCCCAGCUCACCCAGAGCAAGUCUGGGUCUGGAAUGCAGCGUUAGCUGCCUCGGGACACUUGUGUUUGGCCUCCAUUUUUGUCUGUCGUUCAGAGCUGGCUUCCAGUUCCAGUGCCCUCUGCUAGGAGGUUCCGGGGUAUGUGGGUGGGUGGGUUUCUCUCUAAUUUUUUUUCUUCCUUCUGGGUGGGGGAUUGGUUUGGCUUUCUUUUGCUGUAGCUUGUUUUGUUUCAUUUUUGGCAAGACCCAUUUUAGCUGCUGGGACUUGGAAAGACUGAAGGAUGCCACCCGUUUUUCCUCGAGGCCUAGAUUUUUGUCUUCUGUCCUGAGCAGAAGUCAGUCAUUGCUCACAGCCUAGCGAACCGAUAGCGCCAGCAAUUUUAAGUGGAGUUAACUGCUUUGGGGAGUUUUGGGUUCGGGUUUUUUUUGUUUGUUUUUUUGUUUUGUUUUGUUUUUAAUUCUCUUUCCUUAGCAGCAAGGUCUUUAUUCCUGGAGAGUCUCCUCCAUUGCAGCUUCACUGCAGCGUCAGGAGCCCUAACCGGUUAAGUGCUGUCCGCUCGCUGUACUCCUCCGGACUCUGGAAACAGAUGCUGGCUCUGUUCUGUACUUCCACUAUGUGUAGCUAAUCCGAUGGGCGGAGGCCAGAUGACCUGUUAGAUGGCUAGCCUUGUAUAACUUGACUCUGUAUGUUCCCAUGUAUGUUACUGCAAUGCUCCUCCUGUUGUACAGUGUCUGUGAGAUGCUCUUUGAAGAUGGUACUUUUUUUUUUUUCAUUUUCAAUAAAAGUACAUUACCUCCCACUUGCUGGUAUUCAAUCCUGUUGCUGAAUGUGCCUUGUAUGAGUGUGUGCUCCGGCGUUGCAGGACCUCAGAGCUGGAGGUGGCACGCGGCGGUUCUUGGGGGCUGCUGCCUUCCUCACUGCAGGUGGUGUUAGACAUAUGCUACCUGAGGUAACAUGUUUUUGUUUUUGGGAGGGAGCGGGGAGUGGGGCGGGCCCAUGGGAGGGUCUCUGGAUUUGUGAAAGUCUGCUUUGUUUUGCUCCCUUCUGUGCUAUUAAACUGCUGAUGUUUAUUUUCAGGAAUGUUUUGCAAAUGCACUUCUCACUCUUCCCCAGUCCAACUGUAGGUACACUGUUCCUUUUUAUCAAAUAAGCACGUUUGAAACAAUCCAAAAAAGGUUCAUAAUUUCAUUUAAAGAAAUAUAUCAAUGUGUGGAGAUGCUGGACCAAAGUCGAAUAUAUACUUUUUUUAAUGACCGUGUGUUUAGAAUUAAUUUCAGCUGACGGAUAGGUUUAUGUUACAUUAGAAAGAGUGUAUCGGGUGUGGUGGUGUCCUUAAGGAAAAACAUUUCAAAUCGGAACUACCUCCUGCAAGACGCCCUCAGUAAAUGACUGCAGGCAGAUUGUCCUCCAAGGAGGUUUUUCCCUGCUUAUCCACUUAUCACUGAACAGUGGAGCUGCCUCCUCUUUCUAACUUAACAUAAAGCUGCCGCAUGGUGUGCGGGUGCCGUGCAGAUGCUGACAGCGGUGUGUGUUUCUCCCUGUAGGCCUUCAUGGUGAAGCACCUCUUGGAGUACUCCCAGGGCACAGAUUCUAAUCUCAAGUACAGCUUGCUGUUAGUCCUGGGCCUCCUCCUGACGGAAAUCGUGCGCUCUUGGUCGCUUGCACUGACUUGGGCAUUGAAUUACCGAACUGGCGUCCGCUUGCGGGGGGCCAUCCUCACCAUGGCGUUUAAGAAGAUCCUUAAGUUAAAGAACAUUAAGGAGAAGUCUGUGGGUGAGCUCAUCAACCUGUGCUCCAACGACGGGCAGAGAAUGUUCGAGGCUGCCGCCGUUGGCAGCUUGUUGGCUGGAGGACCCAUAGUUGCUAUCCUGGGCAUGAUUUAUAAUGUAAUUAUUCUGGGACCAACAGGCUUCCUGGGAUCAGCUGUUUUUAUCCUCUUUUACCCAGCAAUGAUGUUUGUGUCACGGAUCACUGCAUAUUUCAGAAGAAAAUGUGUAACCACCACGGAUGACCGUGUCCAGAAAAUGAACGAAGUCCUCACCUACAUUAAAUUUAUUAAAAUGUAUGCCUGGGUCAAAGCAUUUUCUCAAAGUGUCCAAAAAACCCGAGAGGAGGAACGGCGGAUAUUGGAAAAAGCUGGGUACUUCCAGAGCAUCACCGUGGGUGUGGCUCCCAUUGUGAUGGUGAUCGCCAGCGUGGUGACAUUCUCUGUGCACAUGGUCCUGGGCUUUGAUCUCACAGCGGCACAGGCUUUCACAGUGGUGACUGUCUUCAAUUCCAUGACUUUUGCUUUGAAAGUAACUCCAUUCUCAGUAAAAUCCCUUUCAGAAGCAUCGGUUGCUGCCGACAGGUUUAAGAGUUUGUUUCUGAUGGAAGAGGUUCACAUGAUAAAGAAAAAACCAGCCAGUCCUCACAUCAAGAUAGAGGUGAAAAAUGCCACCUUGGCAUGGGACUCCUCCCACUCCAGUAUCCAGAACUCACCCAAGCUGACCCCCAAAACGAAAAAAGAAAAGAGGGCUGCCAGGGGCAAGAAAGAGAAGGUGAGGCAGCUGGAGCACGCUGAGCAUCAGGCGGUGCUGGCAGAGCAGAAGGGCCACCUCCUCCUGGACAGCGAUGAACGGCCCAGUCCCGAGGAGGAAGAGGGCAAGCAUGUCCACCUGGGGAGCCUCCGUUUACAGAGGACACUGUACAACAUCGACCUGGAAAUCGAAGAGGGUAAACUUGUUGGAAUCUGUGGCAGUGUGGGAAGUGGAAAAACAUCUCUCAUUUCAGCCAUUUUAGGCCAGAUGACACUCCUGGAGGGCAGCAUCGCAGCCAGUGGAACCUUCGCUUACGUGGCCCAGCAGGCCUGGAUCCUCAAUGCCACUCUGAGAGACAACAUCCUGUUUGGGAAGGAAUUUGAUGAAGAAAGGUACAACUCUGUGCUGAACAGCUGCUGCCUGAGGCCCGACCUGGCCAUUCUUCCCAACAGUGACCUGACUGAGAUUGGUGAGCGAGGAGCCAACCUGAGUGGUGGGCAGCGCCAAAGGAUCAGCCUUGCCCGGGCCUUGUACAGUGACCGGGACAUCUACAUCCUGGAUGACCCCCUCAGUGCCUUAGAUGCCCAUGUGGGCAACCACAUCUUCAACAGUGCUAUUCAGAAGCACCUCAAGUCCAAGACAGUUCUCUUCGUUACCCACCAAUUACAGUACCUGGCUGACUGCGACAAAGUGAUCUUCAUGAAAGAGGGCUGCAUUACAGAAAGGGGCACGCAUGAGGAAUUGAUGAAUCUAAAUGGUGACUAUGCCACCAUUUUUAAUAACCUGUUGCUGGGGGAGACACCCCCAGUUGAGAUUAAUUCCAAAAAGGAAACCAGUGGCUCACAGAAGAAAUCGCAAGACAAGGGUCCUAAAACCGGAUCAGUAAAGAAGGAGAAAGCAGUAAAGCCAGAGGAAGGGCAGCUGGUGCAAGUGGAAGAGAAGGGGCAGGGUUCAGUGCCAUGGUCAGUGUAUGGCGUCUACAUCCAGGCUGCGGGGGGCCCCUUGGCUUUCCUGUUCAUUAUAUCCCUUUUCAUGUUGAACGUGGGCAGUACUGCCUUCAGCAACUGGUGGUUGAGUUACUGGAUCAAGGAAGGAAGUGGGAACACCACAGUGACUCACGGGAACAAGACCGCUGUGAGCAGCAGCAUGAAGGACAACCCUCACAUGCGGUACUAUGCCAGUGUCUACGCCCUCUCCAUGGUGGUCAUGCUGGUCCUGAAAGCCGUCCGAGGAGUGGUCUUUGUCAAGGGCACACUGCGAGCCUCCUCUCGGCUCCAUGAUGAGCUGUUCCGAAGGAUCCUUCGAAGCCCUAUGAAGUUUUUUGACACUACCCCCACCGGGAGGAUUCUCAACAGGUUUUCCAGAGACAUGGAUGAAGUUGACGUGCGGCUGCCCUUCCAGGCAGAGAUGUUCAUCCAAAACGUCAUCCUGGUGUUCUUCUGUGUUGGAAUGAUCGCAGGGGUUUUCCCGUGGUUCCUGGUGGCGGUGGCGCCCCUCAUCAUCCUCUUUGCAGUUCUGCACAUUGUGUCCAGGGUCCUGAUUCGAGAGCUGAAGCGUCUGGACAAUAUCACACAGUCCCCUUUCCUCUCCCACAUCACCUCCAGUGUGCAAGGCCUCGCCACCAUCCAUGCCUACAACAAAGGGCACGAGUUUCUGCACAGGUACCAGGAGCUACUGGAUAACAACCAAAGUCCUUUCUUCCUGUUCACCUGCGCCAUGCGGUGGCUGGCUGUGCGGCUCGACCUGAUCAGCAUCGCCCUGAUCACCACCACCGGGCUGAUGGUCGUCCUCAUGCACGGGCACAUUUCCCCCGCCUACGCCGGGCUUGCCAUCUCGUACGCUGUCCAGUUGACAGGGCUUUUCCAGUUCACCGUCAGACUGGCAACUGAGACAGAAGCUCGCUUCACCUCAGUGGAGAGGAUCAACCACUACAUCCAGACCCUCUCUUUGGAAGCACCUGCCAGAAUUAAGAACAAGGCUCCCCCAGCUGACUGGCCCCAGGAAGGAGAGGUGACCUUCGAGAAUGCAGAGAUGAGGUACCAAGAAAAUCUGCCUCUGGUCCUGAAGAAGGUAUCCUUCACCAUCAAACCUAAGGAGAAGAUCGGCAUCGUGGGGCGGACAGGAUCAGGGAAGUCCUCCCUGGGCAUGGCCCUCUUCCGCCUGGUGGAGUUAUCUGGAGGCUGCAUCAAGAUCGAUGGCGUGAGAAUCAGUGAGAUUGGCCUUGCUGACCUCCGCAGCAAACUCUCCAUCAUUCCUCAGGAGCCAGUGCUGUUCAGUGGCACUGUCAGAUCAAAUUUGGAUCCCUUCAAUCAGUACACUGAAGACCAGAUUUGGGAUGCCCUAGAAAGGACACACAUGAAAGAAUGUAUUGCUCAGCUACCUCUGAAACUUGAAUCUGAAGUGCUGGAGAACGGGGAGAACUUCUCAGUGGGGGAACGGCAGCUCUUAUGCAUAGCAAGAGCCUUGCUCCGUCACUGUAAGAUUCUGAUUCUAGAUGAAGCCACAGCGGCCAUGGACUCAGAGACAGACCUGCUGAUCCAAGAGACUGUCCGAGAAGCCUUUGCCGACUGCACAAUGCUGACGAUUGCCCACCGCCUGCAUACGGUCCUAGGCUCUGAUAGGAUUAUGGUGCUGGCCCAGGGACAGGUGGUGGAGUUUGACACCCCAUCGGUCCUUCUGUCCAAUGACAGCUCCCGGUUCUACGCCAUGUUUGCUGCUUCGGAGAACAAGAUUGCUGUCAAGGGCUAACUCCUCCCGCCGCCGCGGAGCCUCUUCCCUUCGGAGCAGCGCCAUUCCCUGCCUGGGGCGGGCGCUCUUCCUGUCCUGCCGCAACCUUGCCUUUCCCGAUUUUAUCUUUCGCACAGCAGUUCAGGAUUGGCUUGUGUGUUUCACUUUUAGGGAGAGUCAUAUUUUGAUUAUUGUAUUUAUUCCACAUUCAUGUAAACAAAUUUUAGUUUUUGUUCCUAAUUGCACUCUAAAAGGUUCAGGGAACCGUUAUUAUAAAUGUAUCAGAGGCCUAUAAUGAAGCUUUAUACGUGUAGCUAUAUCUAUAUAUAAUUCUGUACAUAGCCUAUAUUUACAGUGAAAAUGUAAGCUGUUUAUUUUAUAUUAAAAUAAGCACUGUGCUAAAAACA